CCGCCCGCGCGUGCGCGGCUUUUGUCACGAGGCGGGAAGAAGGUCAACGGCCGGGAGAUGCUCGCGGGUAAACUCCCGGGCACCGGCGGCCCGGCCCGGCUUCGGCUUCUGGCCUCCGAGAGGCUGUCAGCGGGGAAAACAGUCCCCCACAGCCGGGUGAAGGCGGCCGGUAACUGCUGCUGCUGCUGCUGCUGCCGCCCGGAGACUCUGUUGGGCAAAUGUUAUUCGACCGCCGCUCGCGGGCCCGAGCGCCCGAGGGAGGCCGACGAGAAGGUUUCAAGUUUUAAGCCCCCUGUAGACUCGCACUUUGACUGGAUUGGUCCUCCAGAUAGAGUUUCAAACCUAAGGCCUAUAAAGUUUUAUGUUCCAAAGAAUGAAACCAAGCUGGAACAGAGGCUGAGGAAGAUGAGGCAAGAAACCCAGUAUUGGAACCAACAUUUCUGGUCUAAUCAAAACCUAACUUUCAAUAAGGAAAAAGACCAGUUUGUACAGUCCCGGUUACAAGCAAAAGGAAUGGAAUUAAGAGAUGAGGACGGGAGAAAAAACACACUGGGUGCAGAAGAAAUGGCUGAAUUUUACAAGAACUUUCUUAGUAAAAACCACAAAAAACAUGAGAACUAUAACAAAGAAUGGUACAGACGUAAUUUUACCAUUACGUGGUGGAUGGGUCAAGUGUUCCUGCAAAGAGCUUGGAGGAAGCUGCGAUGGAGGAAGGAAACUAGAUAAUUAUUCUGUUUUGCCAAAUAGUUUAAAACAUUUGGGAUUUGGAAUUUAACUGUACUUUCAAAUAAAUUACCCAGUGUAGCUAAAGCUCCAAUGCCACACGAUGAUUGGAAUUAUAUAUUUGGUGCAUUUUUUACUGUUAAGAUUUUUUGCACAAUUUAUAAUGCUUUUCAAUAAUUUAAGAACUUUAAAGUGUAUAUUAAUUUGUGUACAUUCUUUUCUUGAUCUGUAUUCUGGAAUCUGUAGCAUUAACGGUUGAUCAAGUAUCCACCAUAUCAGAGACUUAGUUCAAGAAACCUUGUACUUUUCCAUGUUCCCAGUCAAAAGCCAGUCUGUUUCUCAUCAUAUUGAUUUCAAUUAAAUAUUUAAAAAUCAA